CAUUUGCAUAUCGGCGUGAAGGACCUGGAGGAGCAGAGAGGGGAGCCACCAUACCUCCUCCGGCUGCAUGAGCUGGUGGUCCAUGCAGCACAAAGCUCCGUGUCAGUGAGAGGAAUCAGAAGGGCUAGAGCUCAGGUGGACUCCUGGCAGACAAGGAGCAAAAAUCUGAGAGCUCAGGUGACAGCACUACUGGCAGGACCUUUGAUCUUCAGCCAAAGAACAGGAAGCGGCUUGGACGGACGUGAUGAAUUUCAGGACCCUCUUGUUCUGCCUGUCUUGGGUGUGUUUCCAUUUAGACACCUGCCGGUCCCAAGUGGUAAAGGAUGAGAAGCCCAAUAUUGUCCUGGUAAUGGUGGAUGACCUUGGCAUUGGAGACCUGGGUUGCUAUGGCAACAAUACCCUUAGGACCCCUCACGUGGACCGCUUGGCCAGGGAAGGUGUGCAGCUGACUCAACAUAUCUCAGCAGCUUCCAUGUGCACGCCCAGCCGAUCUGCUUUCCUGACGGGAAGAUACCCCAUCCGAUCAGGAAUGACUUCUAAUAGAAUUUCCCGCGUCAUCACAUCUCUUGGAGUCCCAGCCGGUCUCCCUCUGAAUGAAACCACCUUCGCAGCCUUGCUCAAGAAGCAGGGCUAUCACACGGCAAUCAUAGGCAAAUGGCACCAAGGCUUGAAUUGCCACUCCCGGAAUGACCACUGCCACCAUCCCUCCAAUUAUGGGUUUGAUUACUUCUACGGCAUGCCGUUCACUCUGGUCGCCCCUUGCUGGCCGGAUCCUUCCCGUCAGACAGAAUUAGCCAUCGCGAGCAGAAUCUGGCUCUUUGUGCAGCUGAUCGCCGUGGCAGUGCUCACCUUGGCUUUGGGGAAGCUGAGCGGCUGGAUUUCCGUCCCCUGGUUCCUCAUCCUCGUCAUGGUCCUCUUUAUCUUUCUCCUGGGCUACUUCUGGUUUUCCAGCUUUCACUCCUCUCUCUACUGGGACUGCCUCCUCUUGCGAGAGCACAAGAUCACCGAACAGCCGAUGAAGGCAGAACGGGCUGGGUCCAUCAUGCUGAAGGAGGCGCUCUCGUUUUUAGAAAGGCACCAGGAAGGACCUUUCCUCCUCCUGUUCUCCUUCCUGCACGUCCACAUCCCUCUCCCCACGACGGAAGCGUUCAUCGAUGUCAGCGAACACAGCUUGUAUGGGGAUAACGUGGAGGAGAUGGAUGCCAUGCUGGGUGAGUGGCAGGACCCACGUGGUGCCUUGAUAGCUCAGGUUGCCCAGAAACAGCCUGUCAAAAGGACAUUUGGGAUGCACGUUUCACGCGUGAGAAGGGUCACUGCCACCAGGUGGAGUUGCCCUUUGAACCCAUGACAUAAGAGUGGAAGGUCCGGGACAAAGUCGGUGGCAACACGGCGUCCUGUCUCAUACAUUCUUUUAGCCCACCUGGCAGGGUGCCCAGAGCUGAGGUGGGGGUUGAUGGGCAGCGUGGAGCCUGGACCCCAAACCCUCUUGGGCUGAUAUAGUGAGAGACAGGGCGGUGGCUGUUCCCGGAACCCAGGCAACGCUGAGCAAAGCAGACUCGGCUUUUCCGGCUGAAGGAUGUUGGAAUGAAACACAGCGAGGGAAACAUACAGGUGCUUUGGAAGUCAGGCCCGACCAAGGGAAGCCCUUCAAGCGCUGUCAGUUUUGCGCCAUCUUAUAUAUACGAAAUCUUUGCAAAGCAUAAAUUAUUAUUAUUAUAGAUAUUUUAAUCAGAUAUGUGCACACAUGUAUAUCUAUGUAGGUGUGUGCGUGUGUGGUGUGUGUGGUAUGUGUGUGUGCUGGAGAAUGUGUGUUGAUGGGAAGUGUGUCUGUGUGUGUAUGUGUCCCCUUCCCAGUUUCCACCCCUCCACCAGGACGGGACCACAACACCCUGCUCUCCAAAGCCCUCUUGCUCAUCUUCCUCUAUCUCCGAGUUUGGUCCCACUUACCCUUUUUGACAGGGAAUGAAGUGACUAAUUCCAACCCAGGAUGUGAGAACUACAACCAACAAACAAGACCCCCCCCGCAAAGAAAAACAAAUCACCUCCCACUUGCUUUGAAUUUUUUAGUUAAUGGAAAGUUUCCAAAAUAUGCAAGUUCAUAAAAUGAAUGCUACAGCAGGGAGGUACCCCCAAAUAAGCUACUUUGGGGGUGGUUGGAUUUCAGUGGGGUUUUCUUGGUGGCACUGGGACAGCAGUACACAUGGACCGGUGUGUCGAAACCAGGUGAGCAAGCCAUGAUGUUUGAAAGGCAUAUUUUCACCAAAAAAAAAAAAAAAAAAAUGGUACAGGGAGUUGCCUGCCAUGGACACUCACAGGCUUUUUUGUUUUCACUUCAUCUUUUCUGCUUUCAAUUGCCCCUGCGUAACCCUGAUUCAGAUUUUUUUGACAGCACGUAAAGUCAAGGACAGGAUUAUUCUUUGCUCAUUUUGGACCUUUUAUGACUCUUUCUUGUGGUGGUCGGAGGUGGGUCGAAAGGGAGAGGCCAGUAGUUCUGAAUACGUAUCUCGAUGAAAGAAAUCGCUGAGAAAGGGAUGAGUGGAUAACGUUGCUUUCCACCAGCUUUUGUUCCUACGCUGCGUCUUCGGCACGCAUCACAUGGAUCGGAUGCAGUUGCCUUCUCCUCCUGCCCCUCUAAGCACCUAGAAAGUACCCGCCUUCACACCCACGGUGUGUUCGGCUUGUGGACUUGGGUGGGGUCCCGCCGGGAGCUGGGGUCUGCAGUGCCCACCAGGAAGGCACGACGCUGUGUUAGCAUCCAACACGUGAGACCCAGGGGACGACACUCACAGGCUUUGUGUGUGUUCUGCCUUGUGUAGGCAGAACGGAGCCUUUGCGGGAAAAAUCCAUCACCUGUUUCGAUGGGUCGUUUCAGAAAAACCGAGAAGUUCAUUUAACCCCCCUCACCCCACAUCUACCCUGGAAGCUGUCCAGAUACCCCCACAGUCAGGAAAUGCCAUUCUCCUUGUCAGAAAGGCUUCUUGGCAGCGGUUCAAGGCUGGGACGUCCCUUGAGGCAGCCGGUCUUUAAAAUGACUUCCACACAACCGUCGAUCCCAGAGAUGGUGGAAUCUGUGGAUUUGCAUCGACACGAUGAUGCUCGGCCUGGAGGCAGGGGCGUGAACCACGGAGGGGGUGUGCUAGCGUGGUCCCCAUGAAGGCUCUAAGAGAUGGAAACCGUCUCUGGCAUUGUCAUGUCAUUAUCCCCCUGGACAGGUGAGGGAACAGAAGCAGCCGGUAUUGGUGACUGACUCCAGGUUGCAGGUGAGACUGGACCCCUAGCUGCCUGGCUCGGUGGUGCCUGUGUGGAGCAGAGAGCUUAUAGACAGAGGUGACGCAAAGAGAUGGGCUCUUCCGGAGAGAUUCUCUAGAUCAUCAGGCUCUUGGGUGCUGCCAUCGCGUGGGAACCAGGCAAACUCCAGGAACUUCAGCGCCUGGCUUCCUCCCUUCCUCCAGCCCAGGCAGAGGCUUCGGAGGCAAAUGCCACACGCGGCCCCACCCAGGGGAUAACCUUGGGUGCCUUAUGCGUCGCACGUCCCUUUCAGCACCUCUUGUCUCAAGAGCGUGUUUCUCAAGAAUGGUAAGCAGAGGCUCACUGUCUGAAGGGAGGAGGAGAAAGGGUUGGACCUGUUGGCACACGGUUACCCGUCUUGGGAUUGGGCGGCAGUGGGUGGGCAGGGUGUGCCGGGGGCAACAGAAUUACCACUGGCAGGGCAGACAAGCCUGGGAGAGUGCAAAGCUGUCUUAGAAAGUUGUGUGUAGCAUGACACACAAACGGAUAUACAGAGAGAAAUGCAAAUGGAUAAACAUGCAGCAGAGAAAUUGGCAUAUGUAUCAUAACAUCUAACGUUUUAUUAUAUAGGCAAUAUAAUAUGCUCUAUACAUCUAGCAUAUUAUAUGAAUCAUACAGUAUUCUCCAGCAUAGUAUGUAAAUAAUGUAUUCUACAAAUAAUAUGAUAUAUAUGUCUAGCAUAUUAUUAAAUAAUAAUAUAUAUAUUUUAGCAUAUUGUAUAAA